UAGCUUCGGUGUAACAAGUUAAUGAACUAAAUUAUUCAUGUUCAGUGAUUUGUGGCGCGAGCCGCAUGGAGUCGCGGGCAGCAUGCACUCGCUUUCUUUUGUUCUUUUACAUGAAACAGCGAAUAUACGUUUCAAGUGAACAGAUCUGAUUUUCAUAUUACAUUUAAAACAUGUAAAAAUAGACUCGCUGUAAAAACAGAGGUUAUUGUUAGCAAGAGGGGUAGCCGGAUUACAAAUGAAUCUUUUAAACCGGCUCAUAUUAGUGAACCGAUCGAAUCAGUUCAAUUAAUCGAACGGAAUCAUUUAAAACGGCUCGCUUAUUCGGUAACAUUGAAAACUUAUCCACAAAUCGCUCUCUUUAUAACCUGUCUGAGACUCUGUCUGAUUCAAAGUAAAAUUGUAUUUCGAUUUGUACGCAAAAAUACAGUCGCUGUAAAAGAGUUAGUCUCGAUUGUUAGCAAGAGGGGAUAGCCGAUGAUGCAUAAAUGAGUCUUUUCAACCGGUCGAUUCAGUUCACUUAACCAAACUGAAUCAUUUGAACGGCUCGCUUUUUCAAGUAAACACAAAUCCACAAAUUGCUUACUUUAAAACCUGUCUGACACGCCGUCUGGUUGAAGGUAAAACAGUAUUUCGAUUUAUUCAGUCACUGUAACAAUACACUGACAGAACUGUUGUGUAAAGGACUGAUAAUGAUGAGCACGAGUCGAAUAGUGAUAUCUUCGCCAUAAGAGGAAGCUAAGCUCCAGUGAGAACGAUCGAAGCAGCUAAACUCAGAAGAGACGAACGAGAGACACCGGUUUUCGAUUUUAAGCUUCCAUCAUGUUGGUGAAAGUUCAAUAUCAAGGAGUGAAAAAAUAUGUAAAAUUGCUUACUGAUUUUACAUUCCAAUAUUUUAUCAGUGAAGUGAAAAGCAAAUUUGGAUUACCAACAACUGCAGAUCUUCAAGUUUUUGAUGACACGGACACUAAUGUAGAAGAGGACAUCUUCCACGAGUUAAUGGAAAGCAGUCCACAUGUAUGCUUAACUGUAAGAUGCUUGGAAGAAAAUAUGUCUGCUGGCCUGCCUGAGGUGAUUUCACCCACAAGAUCAUCAACAGCCAGCACAUGUACUGAUACAGUUUCACUCUCUUCUACGGAUCAUGAUGAUCCAGAGCAACCAAUGCAGAAUCAAAUGACAAGGGCCAGCAGGUGCUUGAUGGUAGAUGCUGAAAGGGCAAAACGGAUUGUCCAAGAUGCUUUGGAAAAGCAAUCUGGUGGUGAUGAAGUGCUUGAUGAAUACAAGGCCACAAAAACUUUAAAGCACAGCACUAGACGGCAACUGGUUAAUAUUGUUGUCAGUCACAUGACAGAGAUUCAUGGGAGAAUUCCCACCCGCAAGCAACGGGAGACUUAUGCCUUGGGUAUUAUUUCUCUCUUUCCCAGCCUGAGAGACCCGUUUUCAGCAAAAGGCUAUGUAAGAAUUUGUCUUAGUAUACUUAACACAAACAUGUUCGUCUGUUUUAAUUAUUUAAAGGAACAUUUCUACGAUCCGGAAAAGGGAACAGGUUUCAUUGCCUGGCGCCUUAAAACUUUAUCAAGGAAGAACCCAAAACGUGUUCGCUUGGAGGUAUCUGAAGUUGGAGGACCAAGUCUCAAACGAAGGAUAGACACUGGGCAACAACUUGAAGGGGAUGCAUGCAGGGAGGCAAUUUCUUUUCUUGUCCACACAGCUGAUGAAAGUGAAGUUUUGCUAAAAAUGAAGGAAACCUUUAAGCGUAGACAAGAACUGGUGCAUGAUCCUAAAAAAUCAGCUGACAUCCUCAACAUCUUUCCAAGAUUUUUGGAUGUGAAAGGAUUGAUAAAUCAAGACUUUGGUUUGCUGUUCAAUGCUGAAACAUCCAACAAGUUGCUUGAGAGAUGGGAGACCUCAUUUAAGCACAAGAUCAUCAAUGAGGCCAAAUCUCUAACUUCAACUGCAGAAAUUCGUGGUCUUAUCAAUUCAGCAGAGGGACAAGGAUCUGAAAAUGAUUGGGAUAGUGAUAUGUCAGCUGUCCUACUCCUGUUGCAUCUCCUACCUCCUUCUUCAGGGAGAAAGAGGACUAAGAUUAGUCCAACAGAGGCCGUUGAAAGACUUGUGCAUUUCCAUAAGUCUUGCACCAGUAUUGAAGGCCAUCUCAGUAAGAGGGAAGGCCACCAGCCAUAUCUACUUGGAACAGGAAGGAUCAAGGGGAGGAUCGACAAUUUCUAUGUGGUUAUGGACAAACAUCUCAUUCCUUGUGCAGGAACCAGCUCCUUGAGUGCCGUUGAUGAACUCUUUAAAAUCCACUACGUGUUCAACUUGACGUAUGAGGAAGCACUUGUCAACAUCUUCACCUUUUUGCAGACUACAGUCUACAACAUUGAUGUUGGACUUACCAGUGAGUCACCCAGGGUAAAAGAACUGCGUGCAAAGAUUUUAAACUAAAUGUUAAAGUGUUUUUGUUGCCAAAGCUUGCAUGCAAGCAGCACCUCUUUAAUUUCUCAUUUAAGACUCUCACACAGUUUUUAUCCUUCACUGAAGUUUAAGUUGUUAUGUGCACAGGAAGGCUGUUGUCGACAGUUCUGUACAUACUCUGGUUUUCGAAAGCAUUUGAACAGCACUCAUGUUACUGAUGUUAGUGCAGCAUGUAAUUCACCUUCCAGUGAAAUGUUAGCACAAAAUGUUUGUCCCGAUCAAUCAAGUUCUUUGUUUGUUGGAGAGAGUGAUCCCCAAGUUGAUCUCAUUGAGACUGUUGAGAAUAAUUUCACUGUUUCAAGGAGAGAGACGGCAGAUAUAUGUGCAUCUAUUGUGGCCAAACUACAGUGCAGCGGAGUAGCCAAUAGCUUGGUAGCAUCGGUUGUUUCAGAGCUUGAGGAACUCACCACAGAACUACAUAACCAAACUCGUCAAGAUGUAAUGUCUGUAAUUCCUCUUAAUAACCCUGACAGAUCAGCAGUCGAAAAUAGUAUGGAUAACUUUGAAAACCCCUUUACCCUGUUUAACACGGAAACUAAAAGAGCUAGUUAUUUCACUGACAAAUGGGGUGUUGUAGAUCCUGUAGAAAUUAUGCUUGGCAUGAGAUAUGACAAUAGGAGAAACAAAACAACAGGAUGUUAUGAUCAGGUCCCAGUAAAAGACACAUAUGUUUAUGUCCCAAUUUUGGAAACGAUGAAAUUCAUGUGUCAAAAUGCAGAUGUAUGUAAACUGCUAAAGGAAUUUACAGGAAGACAGACAUCACAUUUUGAAGACUUUUGUGAUGGAAGUUACUUCCAUAAUCAUCCAUUGUUCUCUAAAUAUCCAAAUGCCUUACAGAUCCAGGUGUACUUUGACGAAUUUGAAACCGCAAACCCUCUAGGCUCUAAACGUGGUGUACACAAAGUUGGUGCUCUUUAUUUUGUAGUGAGAAAUUUGCCCCCAAAAUUGAAUUCAAGACUCAUGAAUAUACAUUUGAUAGCGCUGUUUCAUGCACAAGACCUGAAAAGGUAUGGGUUUGAUCCAAUCCUGGAACCACUGAUUCGAGACAUAAAGAUACUAGAGACAGAUGGUAUUGAAUUGCCAAUGUUCACAAGAAGAGUUUAUGGCACAAUAUGUCAAGUCACUGGAGACAACUUGGGGAUGCACUCAAUCCUUGGUUUUACAGAAUCUUUUAGUGGCCACUACUUUUGUCGUUUAUGUUUGACUAAAAAAGAUGAUGUGCAGUUUGUUUACAGUGAGGAUGAUCAUAGGGUUGUUUUGCGUGAUCGUGCUGUUUAUGAACAGCACUGCAGAGAGUUGGAAUCUGACCCUCAACUCAAGUCAACACAUGGCAUCAAAAGGAGCUCAACACUGAAUAGUUUACGGUAUUUUCAUGUGUGCCACAACUAUUCUGUUGAUGUGAUGCAUGAUCUCCUUGAAGGAGUUGCACAAUUUGAAAUGAAACUGCUGUUUGAGAAUCUGUCUGAAAAAUUUGUAACCCAAAGUGAAUUGCUGUCUAGGAUAUAUUCAUUUGACUAUGGAUAUUUGGAGAGAAAAAAUCGUCCUACAAAAGUGAACUUGGAGCACAGCGGAAAUAGCAUCGGACUUAAUUCUAUCCAGGCUCUUUGUCUCAUCAAAAACAUUCCAUUACUAUUUGGUGAUGUUGUCCCUAUUGGAGACAAGAAUUGGCUUUUACUUUUGCUCUUACUUCAGAUUUUAAAUCUAGUGUUUUCCCCUAGCAUUUCAGAAGGCAUGACUGUUCUUUUAAAAUAUUUGAUAUCUGAACACCAUGAAUUAUUCAAAGAGUUGUACCCACACAAAAACUUGCUGCCCAAACAUCAUUUUAUGACGCAUUACCCUGCCUGCAUUCGAAAAAUUGGUCCGUUAGUGCACAUGUGGAGUAUGAGGUUUGAGGCAAAACACAAAGUUUUUAAAAAUAUGUUAAAAAAUUUCAAAAAUGUUACAAAAUCUCUCGCAAAAAAUCAUCAGAUGUCAAUUGGCUAUCUUUGGGAAACAACUCCUUUAAACCAAGUUGAGUGUGGCCCAAUGAAAAAAUUCUGUUGGGAUGAAAUUGAUGAAGGUGAGAAGUUGGCUAGAAUGAUGCAAAACCCCAUAGAAACAAGCAUGUGUUCCAUGAACUGGGUUAAGAUUGAUGGGACUGAAUAUAGGCUGGACCUCCUUAUAUGCAAUGAAAUUGAGAAUGAAAUUCCUGUAUUUAGUCAGAUUCGGAAAAUACUUUUAGUUAACAACACCGUAUAUUUCAUUGCUGACAAGCUUUUGACAGAACAUUUCUCAGAGCAUCAUCAUGCAUUUAAAGUACAGAGAUACUGUGAGUUGGGUGAACUUAUAAAAGCAAGUGAAUUGAAGUUCUACAGGCCAUUUGAUCUGCAGAGUUCAUAUGGAUCAGAUAAUAGUGAAUAUGUUGUACCUUUGUUUAUGUUGGUUUAACUUACAUUUAAGAUGCAUUGUUAAAAAUAAAAAAAAUUCAACUUGUA